UAGCUCACCGCCCCGGCGGCACGUCAAAUGGACAAAAUCAAGCGCUCGUAUCCUACGGAAGCUCGUGUGAUCAGGGUGAGCGAAGGGUGAAAGUCAUAAAGCGACCUCUUAGAGCCGUUUUUCUACGUUAGACCGGUUUAGCAUUAAACCGGUCUAACGUAGAAAAACGUCAGGGAGGACCAGCCACCUUAUUUCCGGUAUAUCACGCCGGAGUAGCUCACCCCGCCGUCUGCUGUGAGCAUUGAUUCGUCUCGACGCGUCACCAUCAAACCGCGCCGCGUGUGGCUGUCUCUCCCGUUACAUCCGUUAACUGGGUAGAAAAACGUUACGGCUCAUCGACCGUUGGAAAGAUGGCAGAAGGCGGCGAUGGCUUCCGGUGGACCGUGGUCGUGCUCACCUGCCAACACAAGGACAGCGUGUAUUCCUUCCAGAGAGAGCUCGAGUUGCGGCAGCAGCGCGGGUCUCUCUUUGCGGAUACGUUGGUUUUGACGGUGCAGGACCGCCAGGAGCCGCUGGGCAGCGGGGGGGCAACGCUAAACGCCCUGCUGGUCGCCGCUGAACACCUGAGCAGCAGAGCAGGACACACAGUGGUGACGGCUGACGUCCUGGAUGAAGCUCACGUCCUCAUCCUCCACUCGGGGCGGGACUUCCCCUGGAGCUCCUGCAGCCGAGCGUUUUGCUGGCUUCCGGCUCCAGAGGAACCGGGCCGCAGAGUCCAGGCUCCGGUCUGCUGCGUGGAUCUGCUGCUGGACCGCCUCAGUACCAACAUCUGCCCUGGUUCUCCUCCAGGGGUUUGGGUCUGCAGUACCGACAUGAUUCUCAACAUCCCUCAGGACUUCACUUUGUCCUGGGAGGGAUUCUCUGGAGUUCGUGUUUUGGCGUUGCCGGGCGACGCCUCCUACGCAGCCGAUCAUGGGGUCUACCUGUCAGACUCACAGGGUCAAGUCAGGGACAUUGUCUACAGGGGAACAAGGGAGCAGAUCCAACAGGCAGUGAUGCAUGAUGGGAAAGUUCCUCUGGUUUCAGGUCCAGUCUUCUUCAGCAGGUCCGUUUCAGAGAAGUUACUCCAGGCUCACGUGACUCCUCCUCUGGACGGCUGCACCUACCUGGGUCUGGACUCUGGAGCUCCGCCCCUACAGGUGUCUCUGUUCCUGGACCUGCUGAAGUGUCUGUGCUCAGAUCUGACCCAGGACCAGUUUGUGACCGAGGACAGAGCCGGCUGCAGUUCACCUGUCGGGCCAGAGGGGGCGUCGGUGAGGCGGAGCAGGGCGGAGCUGUGGAGGCUCCUGAGAGGAGAGACCUGCAGCCUGGCGUACGUCCCCGGCGGUCGCUAUGACUACCUGACUUUGUCCGGGAAGCAUCAUGUGCAGCGACUGUGCUGUGAUUGGAUGAACAGAAACACCCUGUCUCACAUCCAGAGAGAGAGCGCCGUGCAUGACGGGGGGCGGGUCAUCAACGGCGUCUUGGAGGGAGAUGUAUCCGUGGCAACGGGCGCGGUGGUGCAACACUGCCACCUGCAGGGUCCCCUGGAGGUCCCGUCGGGCUGUUUGCUGUCCGGUCUCCCGCUGAUGACAUCACAGUGCCUCAGGGAGCUGCAGCUGGCCGAUGACAUCAUCAUCCAGGGACACCGGAUAGCGGUGGGGCAGCUGAAGCUGAGCGUCUACACGACGACGGGAGCACAGGACGAGCUGGAGGCCUCCGCUGAAGACAGCGGCGCCUCCUUUCUGAACCACGGAUGGAGUCUCUUCUUCAGCCGAACAGGAAUCCAGCCAGAGGAAUUGUGGGUGAGAGGAGAACGGCGCUCCCUCCUGGCGGCUCGCCUGUUCCCGGUCCUCCACCCAAGAGGAGGUGCUGUUGGUGUGGAGGGAGGUGUUGGCUGGCUACUGGGGGGGCGCGGCUGUCUGCAGAGAUGGAGGGAGGCGUGGAGGCUCUCCUUAAAGGACGUGAUGUCACUCACCUGCCAGGAGGCGGAGCUACAGUGGAGGGAGGAGUUACUGUUCCUGGCAGGGAGGAGGAGAGUGACGGACGGCUUGAGGAGUCGCACCGACGUUUGCUUGCUGCCUUGCUUCAGGGCCGCGGUGCUGGGGGGCCAGCAGGGGGCGCUGCUGGAGACACUGGACAGCAUUGCAGUGGGGAGCAGGGAGCAGGGGGCGGAGUCAGGUAAGGAGCUGGGCGUGGCCGCCCGCUGCCUCUCCUGCAUCGCUGACGUGCUGGUGUGCAUGGCGAGGGGGAGGGGCGGCCUGAGGAGCGGACCGGCCGCCAACGAGGCCUGGAGCUCCGCCUACUCCCUGCUGGAGGGGGGUGACCUGAGGGCCGGGGUGGAGGCUCUGGGCACGCAGAGAAACCAUUGGCUGAGCAGACCAGACCUGCUGGUCCGGGCGGCGCGGCACUAUGAGGGCGCCGGCCAGGUGCUCCUAAGAAAGGCUGUGAUGUCAUCGCAGACCUUCAUCUCCAUUGGCCAGGGGGAAGUCCCUCCACUUGAUGAGUGGCAGGAAGUGGAGUGUCCGGCCCGACUGGACCUGGCAGGGGGGUGGAGCGACACGCCGCCCAUCGCCUUCGAGCACGGCGGCUCCGUGACCAACGUGGCGGUGAAGAUCGACGGGCGCCGUCCUAUCGGCGCCCGGGCCCGGCGCCUCAGGGAGCCCCGCCUCCUGCUGGUCAGCCACAUCGGAGGGAGGGACAGCGGCGUUUCCACGGAGACGGUCUGCGAUGUCCUGGACGACCUGAAGGACUACUGUCAGCCCCACGCGCCCGGAGCCCUGCUGAAAGCGGUGUGUGUGUGCAGCGGCCUGGUGUCGCUCUCUUCCCAGCAUGCUCUGGGGGAACAGCUGAUGCGGCGGUGGGGGGGAGGGGUGGAGCUCCACAGCUGGUCGCUGCUGCCCACCGGCUCUGGACUCGGUACCAGCAGCAUCCUGGCGGGGGCGCUGUUGGCUGCGGUCUACAGGUGCACCGGUCAGACCUACGACACCAACUCCCUGAUCCACGGUGUCCUGCACCUGGAGCAGAUCCUCACCACAGGUGGAGGCUGGCAGGAUCAAGUGGGAGGGCUGGUGGGCGGAGUCAAGGUGGCUCGUUCCAGAGCAUCUCUGCCACUGCAGGUGGAGGUGGAGCGUCUCAAACCUCCAGGCGACUUCCUGGUUGCUCUGGAGCUCCGCCUCCUGCUGGUCUACACCGGGAAGACGAGGCUGGCUCGCAACCUGCUGCAGGAUGUGGUUCGUAGUUGGUACAGUCGUCUCCCCUCGAUGGUCCAGAAUGUUCAGCAGCUGGUGGCCAACUCAGAGGAAUGUGUGAAGGCCUGUUCAGAAGGCUCCCUCUCCGGGCUCGGGAGGUGUCUGGACCGCUCGUGGCAGCAGAAGAAGAAGAUGGCGCCGGGCUGCGAGCCGACCUCAGUGAGGACCAUGAUGGAGGCGCUGAGGCCGCUGGUCCUGGGUCAGAGUCUGGCCGGGGCCGGGGGGGGGGGCUUCCUCUACCUGCUGACCCGAGAGCCCCGACAGAGGGGGGCCGUGAUGCAGGUGCUGUCUGAGACGCAGGGUCUCGGAGACUUCAGUGUUCAUUUAGUGGAGUUGGACGUGGACGGAAUCCAAGUCCUCUCUUCAUCCUGCUGAGGACACCAGCUCUUAGAACAAUGUGAACUGAUAUCAAUGGUUUUAUAUUAUGAAUCUUCAUAAUAAAGCUGUGAGUUUGUAAAGAA